AUGUUUGGCGUCAUCACAGGUGCUACUUCAGGUGUCGGUCUGGAAGCUAGCAAGCAGUUCGCAGACGCACCACCCGAGCAGCUCAUCUUUGCAGUCAGGUCGGUCGAAGCGGGAGAGAAAUUGUUGGGGCAGAUCCGAAAGGCUCAUCCUAACUUACAAGAUAAGGUCAUGUAUCUUGAUUUAACGGAUUUACAAAGUAUCAAAGAUUUCUCAGAAGCAAUCAAGGUUUUCGGAAGAGUUGAUAUACUCAUUAAUAAUGCUGGAAUUAAUCCCAAUUUCGAUGAAGGACCUUACAAGUCGACUAAAGAUGGGUACGAGAGAGUAUUCCAAACCAACGUACUUUCCCCGUUCCUCACUACACUAUUACUCUUACCUCUCCUCAGAAAAUCCUCUGAUCCUAAAGUGAUCUUUACUGGAUCGGACGUUCAUCACAUUGCACCUUCUGAUCUUAUCGAGACUGCCCUUCAGAACGGACAAAGUAUAAUCAGCGCAUAUAAUGAUGAGGGGAAGUAUCAUAAUCCAACGAGAUACUAUGAGUCAAAACUAUUACUUCAGAUACUCAGUCGUAAUCUGAUCAAAACCCUCCCUGAUAUUACCACCAUCAACGUCAAUCCCGGUCUAGCAAUGACCAACUUAGGUAGGGAUUUCAAUCUCAGUUUAUCUCCCAGUGGUAUCGUGGGGAUAUUAUGGUUUGUGGCCAAUGCCAGAUCAGCAAGUAAGGCAGCCAGGAAUCUAACUUCUGCGGCAGCUUGGCAAGGCGGUAGUCAAGAUUACUGGUCUGAAUGCGUUCCGACAGCUUCUGAGAAUACCUAUUUAUACUCCGGAAAGGGUCUCAAAGCCACUCAGGUGUUUUAUGAUGAAAUGUUGAAAGAGGUGGAGAAGAUCAAUCCUGGAUGUACGAAGGAUUUACAGUAG